AUGUCUCGCUUCUUCCGCGGCGGUGACGACAGCUCGAGCGAGAGCAGCUCUGAGGAGGAGGAGCUGUACUCCACUUCCGAGGACGAGGAGGAGCAGGAGGAGCAGGAGGAGUCUUCUGAGGAGGAGGAGGAGGAGGAUGAGGAGUCCUCCAGCGACGAUGAGGCCGGUCCUGCCAAGAAGGGUCUGUCUCGCUUCUUGCUUGACCAAGCAUCCUCCGACAGCGAAGAGAGCGAGGAGGAGGGGACAACAAAGGUCAAGAGCGCCAAGGACAAGAGACAUGACGAACUCGAGGCGACCAUCUCCCUUAUUCAGAACGGCCAGAAGAUCAAUGACUGGGGCUCUAUUGCGAAUGAAUUCGACAAGCUCAACCGUCAAGUCGUCAAGCUCCAGGAUGGCGGCAAGGCGCCGAAGAGCUACAUUAAGUGCAUUGCGGAGUUGGAGGACUUUAUGAAUGAGACCCUUGCCAAGCAGAAGGUCACCCCCAAGAAGAUGAACGCCACCAACGCCCGUGGUCUCAACGCCGUGAAGCAACGCGUCAAGAAGAACAACAAGGAUUACCAGAGCCAGAUCGAUGCUUUCCGAAAAGACAGCGAUGCAUUCAUGGAAUCCGAUGACGAGGUCGCCCCCCCACCCAAACCAUCCGCCGACAAGCUGCGUGUCAAGGAAACUUAUAUUCCCGAGGCGGCUGAUGAGGAUGAAGACAAGGGUUUUGCCCGGGUCGACAAGCGUGGAAAGGCCAUGCCCUUCUCUCCAGAGAGCAUCCUCAAGCAUCUCCGCGCCAUUCUGGAGUCAAGAGGCAGGAAGAACACCGAUCGUAUCGAGCAAAUCAAGAUCAUGGAGGAGCUCAGCAAGGUGGCCAACACCCCCUACCUCAAGAUCAGAGUUCUCCAGGCUCUUGUAUCUGCCCGGUAUGAUCUCGGUGCUGGUGCCGGAAAUGUGAUGCCCCUUGAGCACUGGAAGGCGGCUGAGAAGGAGCUGUCUGCCUUGCUCAAGAUUCUCGAGACCGAGAAGGAUCACGUUGUGAUUGAGAAUGCUGAGGAGUGGGAUGAUGAUGACAAGCAACCAACCCUUGCCGCUGGUGAGAGCUAUAUCAAGAUCCCCGGCAGCAUCGUGUCGUAUAUCGAGCGUCUUGAUGAUGAGCUCACCCGCUCCCUUCAGGCCAUCGACCCUCACACGUCUGAAUACAUUGAGCGGUUGACCGACGAGGGUUCUCUGUACAACAUUGUUCUGCAAGGUCUCCUGUACUACGAGACCAUCCGCAAAGACACCUCGCUCGAAGUUCCCCAGGAGAGUCUCAACAGAAUCAUGCAAAGACGCCUGGAUCAUGUGUACUUCAAGCCAGCUCAAGUCAUCAAAAUCUUGGAAGAGAACGCCUGGAAGCAGGUCUCUGCGGGCGUCGACUCCGCCAUUACGCCCCGUAAUAAGUCAGAGGAUGCCAGCCAACUCGUCAACGUCCUUUGCAACUACCUUUUCGAGCACAGCGAAGGCAUUAUCCGUGCCCGCGCCAUGCUCUGCCAGGUCUACUUCUUGGCGUUGCACGAUGAGUACUACAAGGCCCGUGACAUGAUGCUCACAUCUCACUUGCAGGAGAGCAUUUCCAACUUCGACAUUGCCACCCAAAUUCUCUACAACCGUACCCUUGUUCAAGUUGGUCUCUGCGCCUUCCGCAAGGGUCUCGUGUAUGACGCCCAAAACACUCUCCAAGAGAUUUGCGGCAGCGGGCGCCAAAAGGAGCUUCUUGCCCAGGGUGUCAUGAUUCAGCGCUUCAACCAAGUUUCUCCCGAGCAAGAGCGCCUUGAGAAACAACGGCAGCUACCCUUCCACAUGCACAUCAACCUUGAGCUCUUGGAGUGUGUGUACUUGACCUGCAGCAUGCUUCUUGAGAUCCCGCUGUUGGCUCAGACUGGUUCGUCUCCCGAUAUCAAGAAGCGCGUCAUCAGCAAGACAUAUCGCCGUAUGCUCGAGUACCAUGAGCGCCAAAUCUUUACCGGCCCUCCCGAGAACACCCGCGACCACGUCAUGCAGGCGUCCAAGGCCCUCGCGGCUGGUGAGUGGAAGAAGGCUACGCACUUCAUCCACAGCAUCAAGAUCUGGGAGCUCAUGCCAAGCGCCGAGGACAUCAAGACGAUGCUCGCUAAGCAGAUUCAGGAGGAGGGUCUGCGCACUUACCUGUUCACAUAUGCGCCCUUCUACGACACACUGGCCAUCUCCACAUUGAGCGCCAUGUUUGAGCUCGACUCCAGGAAGGUGGCUGCCGUUGUCAGCAAGAUGAUCAGCCACGAGGAGCUCGCGGCUGCCCUCGAUCAGGUCACCGAGACCGUCAUCUUCCGCAAGGGCGUGGAGCUCAGCCGUCUGCAGAGCUUGGCCCUGGCUCUCUCAGACAAGGCGAGCUCGCUCAUCGAGACCAACGAGCGCACACUGGAGCAGCGGACACAAGGAUCGGCCAAUGCCUUCAGCAGGAAGGAUGGUCAACGAGGUGGUCAGCGGGGCGGUGGCCAACGGGGUGGCAGAGGCGGGGCGCGGACUGGAGGAAACUCUCAGCGACAGGCUGGUGGCACCCAGUUUACGGGUGGUGCUCUGGGUGCUGCGGUCCGCGGUUAA